CGGCUUUCAAGUGCGGUGCAACGUUACGGAACAACGUGGUGCGUAACGUAACAGAACAUCAGACGGCACAAACUACUUGAUGUAAAUAUUGCGUUAUUUCUAAGAAGGCCAGAAAUAUUAAAAUCGGAAUACAAUUUAGGCACGGGUAUACUAGUCAAAACAAAACCAGACAAAAGUGAAUCUUGGAGUAAAGUGAAGUAUCGUCUAACUUGGAGCGCUGAGCACCACAUAAGUGUUAAAUUUGUUUUGAUCAAACUGCGCAAACUCCGUUAACGUCAAACGUCAAUUGAAAGCAGCGCUGCUUCAGUCGCUGUCGCAGUUGCUGCUUAUGUUCACUCGAGCAUUUUCCCGUUAACCGCUGCGUACGAGCUUUCAGUUAUUUUGCGGCUUUUGUCAGCAACGCAACGUAACGCAAGGCGGCGUUAUAUUAUUGAACGGCUCGACGUAGCGAGUGACGGGUUUAACGCACCCUUGGGACUCUGAGGAUAUGCAUUAGACGAGCAAGUCGAAAUACUUGCAGCAGGAGCAGCAGGGAAACCAACGACACAACCAACAGCGGGAGAAAGUAGUUGCAACAUUUCCCCCUACAGACCCCAAAAAGUGUUGUAUAUCCGCAGGGAUCGUCCUGGCGAAUGUUUGUUUGAUGUAUCACAGCUCGGGGCUGAAAAUGUUGCAACGCCCGCAUUGGCAUUGGACCACAUAACGCUACCCCCAUUCAGCAUUCUGUGAGUCCGAGAGUUGAGUGUUUAAAGCAUGGCGACGGCCACAUCAAUGGAACUCAUCAGCUGCCUGGUGCUGCUGCUCGGCCUGCUUAUCCGCAGCGGCUACUGCAUAGACUGCUUCAAGUGCGUUUCGUAUAACGGCGCCAAUAAAGCGUGCGAUGAUCCGUUUCAUAAUAAUUAUUCCACCGCCAUACUCGAGUCGCCCUGUAUGGGCGGUCGCAAGGGUCGCGAUGGCCUCUUCCCCGCAACGGCCUGCAUAAAAAUCGCCGGCUAUUAUGAUGACACCGGCGAGACGAUAACAGUGCGAGGCUGCGCUCUGGACAGUGGCACACUCACAACAGACACGGAGCUCAUAAGAAUGUCGCAUUGUGGUAAAUUCUACUAUGACAACAGAUACGUACACGGCUGCCUUCAGAGCUGCAGCGAUGCGGAUGCCUGCAAUGGCAGCCACCCAAAGGACAUCGAAUCCGUGCUACUUAGCAUCGCCCUGCUGCUCUUGGGGGCUGCAAGGUAGCAGUAAGAGCAGCAACUGGAGGAACAACAAAAACAAAUGUUGCUUGCAUCCCAUGAAUAAUGAGGGAAUUUAGCUAAACUGGAUGUGAAAAAGCAUUUAAGAUAAUCCAGCUGCGCGAUAUAUUUGUACACAAUUCAUUCGAUGUUCUAUCUCUAUCUCUUUCACCAGCUAUUGUGUGUCCCGACCUCGCUCUCUCACUCUGUCAGUGUCUACAAUUGCACAUAAUAGUAAUUGCACACAAGGAUAAAACAGGAUAACACGGCAAAAAAACCAAAAAAAAAAAAAAAAAACUAAAAACAAAACAAAGCGAACGUAUUUAUAUGGAAUUCAUCAAGCAAUUAUGUGAUUUAUAAAUGAAUAUUUAACAAUAAUUGAUGAAAAAUGAACAAAAUUUAAACAACUAAAUUUAAAACUAUUUACUAUUUUUAAAAAACGCAAAGCGCUGCUAGGCAAUUAUCGAGUCAAAAUCAAAGCUAGACAAAACGAGAAUUCAAAUUCAAUUGCAAUUAUUUUUAGCGAUUAGGUACAUAGAUAUUUACAUUUUUACUUACAAACUCACCUGUGUAUUGAUCGACUAUUGUAAAUAGAUUUAUUAAUUUGUUAGAAACUGCUGAAUUUUAGGCGACAAUUAUUUAAAAGCUACUUAUAAAUUAGCGGCCACAUAGAUAGAGUUGACGAAUGUAGAAAACUGCGAAAACAAACUGUAAACGAAUAUGAACAACUGUAUUUUAUUUCAA